AUGUCGAAGCUCUCGCCGCCGCUCAAGGCGCUCAUCAACGCGCCCUUUGCGCGGCCGGGUCCCGUGCCUGCGCCUCGGGGCAUCGCAGACGUGUACGCCCGUAUUGCGCGCGAGGCGGAGCAGCAUCGCGUGGGCACGAACCCGUGGCUGGCCAUUUCCGCCGCCGCGACCUUUACGCUCAACUCGCCCGACUCGCUAGCCGUGCUGCACCGCGUCGCCACGGAGCGCGGCGCGGCGCCCGCCCCCGCCGCGGAGCUGGUGCGCGAGGUCGGGCUCAAGUGCAUCAGCUUCAACGGCAUCCCGCGCACCAUCAACUGCCUCAACGCGUUCCGCGCCGCGCUGCCCGCCGACGUGGCGGCGCGGCUGCACGACCGCCCCUCGCGGGAGCCUUCGCCUGUGCCCCCCCGCGAGGGCGGCAACGGCAACGACGUCGACGCGGUGGCGGGGCGCGCGCGCGCGCUGUGGGACUCGGUGUAUGCGCCGUUCGAGGACAAGCUCGUCGAGAAGCUGGCGCGCGCGCACCCGGACCUGCCGGUGCAUAUACUGAACAGCCACUAUGGCCCGCUGCUGAGCGAUCCCCCGCCCGCGCAGAAGACUGGGAGCGAGAGCGGGACGGCGCUGGCGAGGACGGGCCGCGUGCUGACGAGCGCCGUGGCGGUAGCGUGCCUGCGCGCGCAGACGGGCGUGGGGCCGCAGGUGCUGUCGCACGUCUUUGGGCUGCGCAAGGCGUGGGAGGACGGCUCGUGGAGGGGCGACGCGGAGGCGGGCGUCGUCGACGAGGAGACGGUGCGGUGGCUGGCGGGCGAUGAGGGGUGUGAAUGGCUGCUACGGAGCGUGGAUGGCAUUGUCGAGGCGUUGGGCGGGAGUACGUUUGCUGGCGCGAACGCGAGGGAGUCGAAGCUGUGA